AGCAACAACAAUCAAAGAAGCUCUAGCCAGAUGGGAAGAGAAAACUGGUCAGAGGCCAUCUGAUGCCAAAGAGAUAAAGCUUUAUGCCCAGAUUCCCCCUAUAGAGAAGAUGGAUGCAUCCUUGUCCACACUUGCUAAUUGCGAGAAGCUUUCACUGUCUACAAACUGCAUUGAAAAAAUUGCCAACCUGAAUGGCUUAAAAAACUUGAGGAUAUUGUCUUUAGGAAGAAACAACAUAAAGAACUUAAAUGGACUGGAAGCGGUAGGGGACACGUUAGAAGAACUGUGGAUCUCUUACAAUUUUAUUGAGAAGUUGAAAGGGAUACAUGUAAUGAAGAAAUUGAAGAUUCUCUACAUGUCUAAUAAUCUGGUGAAAGACUGGGCUGAAUUUGUGAAGCUGGCAGAACUGCCAUGCCUGGAAGACCUGGUGUUUGUAGGCAAUCCCUUGGAAGAGAAACAUUCUGCUGAAAGCAACUGGAUUGAAGAGGCAACCAAGAGAGUGCCCAAACUGAAAAAGCUAGAUGGUACUCCAGUAAUUAAAGAGGAUGAAGAAGAGGAAAACUAACACCGGGUUUUUCACUUUGUGUUAAUUUAUUUAAAUGUCAUAAGAACAAUAGAUAAGUUUUGUAUAAUUGUCUACUUUAAAGUUUCUGUGUGGGGCAAAAGGUUCUUAAAAUAACACAAAUCUCUUUUUUAUUCCCUUAACCUAUUCAGUGUUUCUCCCCAACACCAGUAAUGCUAACUUUAUAUAUUCUAGUUCUCUUUUUAGAAACUACAAAUUUUCCAUUUUUGUCUUCAUUCGCAGUUAUGUGCUGCGUGGCCCCAUCUACUGAAACCUUUAUUGGCCAGUCAUUUUUAACAACAAAGGAACAAAUGUUCUUUAUUCAGUUUGUUAGUUGUUUGUUUGGUCUUUUUUUUUGGCCAGGCAUUUGAAGAGAUAUACUUUUGAAUCUGUAGAACAUUUUUCCUGAAGGUCCAUCUCCUUUGAUUUAGAAGCACAAAUGUAUCAUGCCUUUGUUCAGAAGGCAGAAGGGUGAUGGGAAGAGUUCCUCUUAGAAAUACAGCAGCAGCCCUAGAGCCAGGAUGCCAAAGCCCAAUUGGAAUAGCUAUGGUGAAAAAAGGAAAAAUGAAUAUCUUGGAGGCCUUCUAGCCCAUGUUAUAUUUAAUUGUUUUUCUAAAAAUGUGUGCAUUGUCAACUGGAAUUUAGGUUGUGUUUACAUGCAUGGCCGCUUGAGUCAUUGUGUACAAUCAGUCAUUCUUUGAUCCAGGUCAGUGGUUAAAAUGACUGUCAUGAUCACGCCUUUGACCAGUAAUGUGGCCAUGGUACUCAUGUGGACCUGGCCUUAAGCACACUUUUUGGCUUGUAGUUCCUUAUGUUUAAAGCAGUAGUCAUAUGUGAAUUCUCAGCCUAAAUGUUGGCCAUUGGUAUAUGUCAAAAUCUACCCUAAUGAAUUUGGUCUGGUGAUCCUCAAUGCUGGGAAAAGUGAUUGUUAUGGUUAUAAGUGUACAGACAUAGAGAUUGAAUUUAGUACCUUUCAGUAAAUGAAACCUUAGUAUUUCAAGGUGUACUUUUGAGAAGUUCUAAGUUAAACAGCUUUUAAAAUGUAUUAUGUAAGUGGUUGUGGAGGGAAGAGAGAAGAGAUAUUUUAUUAUAGGAUCGCAGGCAAAUGGCAAUGUGUUUGAGGAUUGCCUCCUAUAUGAAGCACUGUAGGUGAUUUAACCUCAAAAUUGCAAAGCAAUAGUUAGAUGCAGAGAUUAGAAUUUAUCAUGUAAGAAGAUUUUUUUUUCUGGAAAAUGCAAGGCAUUGUAGUCAGUAACCAGAUGCAGAUGCAGUCACUAACCAUAGCAGACCAUGACUGAAUCAUUCAUGGAUUGCAGAAAAGAAGUCAGGAGCCCUCUGCCAAAUUGUGCCUAAAAUCCCUCAACCAGAGACUAUUGAUUCUUGUUUCCCCAUCUACUUGUGUGAUUUUACUUGCAUAAAAUCACAGUGAAAGAGGGGAAAAUCAUUUUUUAAAAAGUGAUUGGCAUAAGUAGCCCUUGGUUUCAGAAGUUUUCAGUAUCAUUUAAGUAGGAAUUACUUGAUUUUUCUAAGAGUCACUCUGAUCAAAAGGGACCACUGCUUUGACAAUCAACCCUAAAUACAAACAAGAGGAAAACUUAGUCUAAUAUCUUUCUAGCUUCCUUUUAGCUCUUUCUUUCAAUCUGAUAGGAAGAAACCUUUGCUCUGACUGGCUUAUACAUCAAAGCCUCUGGGCAUAUCUUUUGUGAACUGUAGGUUCAUUUUCCUUGGUGAUGUUUGAGUCCCCGUAAGCUGAGAGGGAAGAUGAUCUUCUUUACUUGUAGUUUGCACUUCAUCCAGUAGGCACACUUGAAGCCAUAUUGCUGUAUGUGGGCAUAUUUUCUAAGAGUUACCCUGGAAUAAGGAAUGGUUGACUUCAUAUUGAAUUUAUUUGUAAAAUGGCUUAUGGUUUUGGUAUUUGGUUUUUCUGAAUUCUGUAAUAUAGAAACUAGUUUUCUCGUUUUCUCUUUGUUUCUUAAUGUCUCUUAAUCACUAGUAGUUCUCAGAGAAAUUAAGGUGUUUUUCUGUGUCCAUUUCACACAAAAUUCAUAUUCAGUUCCACUCAACAAAUAUUUGGAUUGCUUCUAUGCAUCCCUGUUCAUGGAAUCAAAGUCAGAAUCCAUGUCAUUAGAAAAUGGAAGAUAAGGGUGUAUGAAGAAGUUCAGGAUGUUUUCUCAAAUCAUUCCUCAAAUCCUUUACUGCUCCAAAUUUAGCUGAUAUUAAAUGCCUUUGGUUUAUGUGUCUUGGAUUAGAUAUUUUAACUACUUGAAAUGGAUUCUCUCUGUGCUCCUGGUUUAAAGAAUUAAGCUAUAAGUGGAUCAUUUAAAUUUCUUACCCCUAUUCUUAUAAAUGAUAGUAGAAGUUCUGGAAUCAGUUCACUAUCUUUAUUUUCACAGCAAAUUUGAUUUUAGUCUACUAAGGAAUUUAAUUUUUCUAUGUUCCCUAACUCUAAGCUUGUGGCCAUAUUUCCCAGCCAGGCCUUGAAAGACUUUUGUGUUCUCUGUUAGUAGGAUUUUGUUCCUUUAAACCAGAGGUUCUCAACCUUGGCACUAUUAACAUUUUGGGCUGCAUAAUUCAUUGUUGUGGGGGGAUGUCCUGUGUAUCAUAGGAUAUUUAGCAGCAUCCCUGGCCUCUACGUAGUAGAUGCUAGUAGAACCCCGUCCCCAGUUGUGACAACAAAAGAUGUUUCCAGACAUUGCCAUCUGUACCCUGGGGAAGGGAGGUGAGAACAGAUUCUCCCUUGGUUAAGAAUCAGUGUUUUUUACACCAACAUUCCUUUUGUCCAAGGCCCAUUUACUUUUACUCUCUAGCCAUGUGCCACUUGAGUUGUAUGAGAGAAGGUGAUAUAUUUAAUAAUCAUGAAAGGAGAGAGAUGGCCACUGGUAUUUCCCCUUUUUGUAGUGCUCAUUUUCAUAAUUUUCACGUUAGGAACUCAGGGCUGAAAGGUUUAACUUACCUUUUUUCAGCAGGGUCUCAACUUUUUUUUCUUAGCAUUCUUAUCUUAGGACAGUAAUUAUUAACCUACCUCUCUGUUACUAUCAACAGAAUCCAACUUUAUGAUAGAUUUUGCUUUGUCUCUAAAGUUUAAUAUUUUGAGUGUACUUCAGAAAAUGGAUCAUCAUUCUUUAAGCGUCAUUCAUUGUCUAAUGAUGCAUAGAAUUUUACAGACUGUGGCAAUCAUUAAAUACGGAAAAAUAUUGUAUAAAAUAUGAUAAUCAUAUAUGAAAGUUAGCUGGUGUAGACAUCGAUUUUGGGUGUGAUCAGAAGAAUGUCUGCUCAUGACAACUUGUGAAUAAUUUGGUAUGGUUACUGGAUCCAUUCCACAUAUAGAGGCGGUAUAAGGCACUUGAAUGUGAUUCCUGUGUGGAAAGAAAAUUUCCACUUGUGCAGGUGCUUCUUCUGACACCUUUACCAGUGGUCUGAAGCCAAAUAUGGAGGAAUUAGAAAUCAAUCUUGACUAUUGACUUAUUCUCAGAGUAGGUGAUGUAUAAAUAGAGUUGGAAUUCUACCUGGGUUUUUUUUAAGGGAUACAUGGAAAAUUGUAGGACCCAGAAAGGUUGGACUUAAUCAUUCACUCUAAAAAAUUGGAGAAAAGUGUCAAAGCAGCAAUCAUGAAUACGUAGUGUCUCUCUGAUGUAGUCAGACCAUCAAUCAGUUCACUAAGACCUUACCUGUUGUAUGUAUUGGUAAAGGGAGAAAACUGCUAAGAUGCAAGUUAUACUUUACCAGAAAUUUAUUCCUUUGGCACAUAAUUUAUUUGGGCUGUUUAAUGUGUCUGUAAAUAAUGAAAUAUAAAAUAAGAUUCAGUAUAGCAGAGUUGGUGCUUCUUCUGACACAGCUAACUUGAUUGUAUUCUUUAUCUUCAGUCUAGCAUGUAUCAUAUUUUCUUUUUGUGAAAUCAUAAAAUAAGUAAAAAUUUAAAAAUUAAGGGUUAUG